AUGAUUUCUAGUAACUAAACGAAAUCAUUACUUGAAGUCAUAGAAAAGAACGAAGAUCCAUCAGCAUUUGCAGAUGCUUUAGGUCUUUUAGAAAAAUUAAUUACUAAGUAUUUAAAAAGAUUUAAAUUAGUAUAAUCAAUAAUCCCAAUGAAGAUAAAUUUAAACAUAUAAAGAUGACAGUUAAAACAUUAGCCACACGAUUAUUUAAUAUAAAAUAAAUGGCAGAAUUAUUAACAUCAUUAGGUUUCAUUUAAGUAAUCAAUUAACGCUAAUAAAAUAAAGUUAGAUUAAGAAUUUUAUUUACCUGAUGAAGAAUAUGUAUCAUUAUUAGAGAAUUUCAAUACAAUUAAGUGGUAGCAUAUUUUAGCUUAAGGUAGAGUAGAGGGACCAUAAUAAUAUUAAAAAGCUUAGGAAAUGUAAAAUUUUUUUUUUUACAUUUUUUUUAGCGUUAGAUAAUAACAAGAUGUAUAGAGAUAAUAUGAAAAAGAACAAAAAGAAAAGGAGAAAAUUUAAUAAUAAAUAAAAUAUGAUAGAUAAGAGAGAAGUUUAGUGAAAGAGAAGGAUUCUAAGGCAAAUGAUUUAUAAUUUGGUGCCAAAGUUAAAACAUGUGAGUAAUUAGGCAUAAAUAAGAAUACUGGUAAACGUGGGUGAGGUUGAGCGAGGCGAAGGUUUAAAUACUUUCGCCUCGCAUUAUAAUAAUAAAGAAAAUAAUAAUCAAUCAAAUAAUUGAAGUAAGAAAUUACUUCUUAGAUGAUCAAUAGGCAUUUAAAAUUAAUUGAUGCUUUUUGAGAGAUGGAUUGUGAGUUUUCUUUAUAUAUAUAUGUAUGGUGAAG